AUGAUAUCGCUUAGCCGCUUCUUUGCCGUCUCCUUUGAUGGUCGUUAUUUUCGUGGUCCACACACAUUGAUGAGUGGUGCAACGUAUUGGUGUUGGCAGCCGACAAGCGUCAAGCCAAGCCCUCCAAUACGCGAGGAUCAAUACAAAUGUUGCUGUGGCUCGUUCACCGAUAUCGGAUGCACAGCAAAGUAUGGUUUCUGUGUAUUCAUCGCUCUUGAUGUCAUCGAGUUGGUCUUCGCUCUGCUCGGGCUCGCCCCACUCUUUUUGUAUCAACUUCCAUUUGCAAUCGGCAUGGUUGCUCUGGCCAUUCUCGCCAUUCAGACCCUCAAACCAAUCUACAUGCAAAUUUAUGGAAUCACUUAUUUAAUUUCGUUAUUUUGGCGAGCUCUCAUCGUCGGAUACAUGGCCUUUCUAGCGAUAAAGGCUCUACUUGCUGCUCUCUCCGCAAACAACGAAUCCGACUGGCAGAAAGAACAAAACAAUACGGUUAUUGUCAAAUCAAGAAUUAGCCUCACCAUCGUGUUCCUUGUGGCCCUGUUCGCCCUGUGGCGCGCGAGUGUCACCUGGAACUAUUACAAGUUUCUUCGAGAUCGUCAACUAGCCAUCGAGCAGCAAUCGGAUGUAAGCCAAAACACGGUA